GUAGUAGUCAGUAACGCGUGAGUUCGCGUUUGUACAAUACACAAAGGUAGUGUUAGUGCGAAUCCCCUUUCCAGGGGGAAAACAGGACGACAUGAAAGACCAUGGACUCGGGUUCCUGGUCGUAUCUGUAGGAGUUUUGAGUAGUAUCAAUGCACAAUUUCUGAGUAACUACCCCGCAGAAAACAGAACUGGUCUCUACGGAAGGCAAAUCAACUCGAAGACGAGAUAUGGAAGAGAAGAUUAUGAUAAUAGAGACGAGGAUGACUAUCUUGACGGAGAAGAUUUAAACGAAGUGGAUAACUAUGAUUAUUCCCGAGGAGAUAUAUCGGAAUCGACAGAUACGCAGAACGGAUAUUACCGACCCAGUGGAGGGAGCUCUGAUUAUACAACCACAGCAGCUCCCGAAUCGAGUGAGACAACUGAAACUAAUGAAGCACGAUUAGAUCCGCGCUUAAAUCCACUAGACCCUAGAUAUGAUGCUAGAAUUGAUACCAAAAAUCCACGUUACGACCCGAGAUUAGAUCCUAGAAGUAGCAUAUACGAACCUCGAUUAGACCCUCAAAAUUCUCUUUAUGAUCCACAAUACAGUAACCAAUAUAGAUCUGGAUCAACAGGAUAUACAUCAAUUACAGGAUCUGUAUCUUCAUCAGGUACUACAUAUCAAACAGGUUCUCAAACGGGAGGUGGACAAUCGGGAGGAUCAAACGUACGAUCAGGCGAUUCAACAGGAGGAUCACAAUCGGUUGGUGGAUAUGAUGAUGAAUCUAGUUCACAAUAUGGUAAUUCUCAACAAGGUAAUCCAUAUAGACCCGGCUCACAACCAAUGCGCCCAGAUUAUGGAUCGGUUUCUGGAUCAGGAUCAAUAUCGGGUUCAGCAACAGGACAAACAGGAAAUACUUAUGGAUAUUCACUAUCGGGAGAUAGAUCGUAUGGAAGAAAUUCUCAAUCAGGUGGAUCUUUUAGAACAGGCAUCUAUGGAACAGGUUCUCCAUCGGGAGGAUCUUAUGGAACAGGUUCUCAAUCGGCAGGAUCUUAUGGAACAGGUUCUCAAUCUGGAGGAUCUUAUGGAACAGGUUCUCAGUCGGGAGGAUCUUAUGGAACAGGUUCUCAUUCGGGAGGAUCUUAUGGAACAGGUUCCCAAUCGGCAGGAUCGUAUGGAUCAGGUUCCCAAGGAAUUUCUGGAUCCAGUGCAUACAAUGAAUCUAGAACAUGGUCAGCAUCAUAUGACUCUAGAUUAUCAGGAGGCAGGCGACCUUACUCUAGCAGUUAUGAUGUAUUUGAUUCGCCAGCAGCAAAAGCAGGUUUGGAUAAAUAUUUGCCCAAGUGUUUUGCAGAAAAAGGUAACAGGGGUUUCCCUGGAGUACCAGGUUUACCCGGGGAAAAGGGACAACGAGGUUUCCCUGGUGGUGAAGGAAUUGCAGGAGAUAAAGGAGAUAAAGGAGAAGCUGGUCCUUUCGGUCCCAGAGGCCCGAAAGGAGAACGUGGUAAAACGGGAGUUCCAGGUUUUCCUGGAUUGAAUGGUAUAGCUGGAGUGAUGGGCCCACCUGGAGCUCCGGGAAUUCCUGGUUCAGAUGGGUGCAAUGGUACUGAUGGGUUACCUGGAAUGGACGGAUAUCCUGGAGAACAAGGUCCUCGAGGUUUGCCUGGUCCGAUGGGUAUUAAAGGGGAAAAAGGAGAAUCGGCGCAUUGUGAAAUAACUUUGAAGGGACAAAAAGGAGAGCCAGGAAGAAACGGUGUGACAGGGCCCGCUGGUAAUCCCGGACCAUCAGGUCCGCCCGGAUUGCCCGGACCGCAAGGAGAGCCUGGUUUGACUGGCCCCCGAGGACCACCUGGUCAAAAAGGUCAAAAAGGUACACCUGGUCUUGGAUUCUAUGGACCGAGGGGAGAAAAAGGUAAUACUGGACCUCCCGGACAAAAAGGAGAACCAGCUGACGGCCACCAUGAGCUAAAUCCAACCGCUCUAAUAGGACCUAAAGGUGAUAAGGGAUUCAAAGGUGAUCGAGGAGAUAUUGGAUUCCCCGGUCAAAAAGGAGAACCGGGCACUGAAGGAGAUUAUGGAUUACCUGGAGCUAUUGGUAUGAAAGGUGAAAAAGGUUUACCAGGUUCGCCAGGUCCACGUGGAAGAGCUGGUUUUGCUGGCCCCCCCGGUCCACCCGGCCAAAAAGGUGAUAGAGGUUUAACUGGACUCUCAGGAUUGCCCGGAAAACCUGGAUUGAAAGGAGAACCAGGAAGGGACGGUGAAACUGGUCGUAUUGGAUUGACAGGACCUCCAGGUCCACCUGGAGGCGGUAGAGGAAUUCCUGGCCCUCCUGGUGAAAAAGGACCUAUGGGUUACCCAGGUCCAAGGGGUCCUAAAGGAUUAGACGGCUUUCCUGGGGAACCAGGUCCACGUGGACCUAUUGGUCCAGUCGGUGGACCAGGUUUACCUGGUGUUCCUGGUCCUGAGGGUGCACCCGGCGAGAAAGGAGAAAAAGGUGAUCAUGGAGCAACUGGUUAUCCUGGCAGUGACGGGGCGAGAGGUUUUCCUGGCCCACAAGGCCCGCAAGGUCCCCAAGGAGCCAAAGGUGAUAAAGGAGCGACGAUAAUUGGACCAAAAGGAGAAGACGGAGAGCCUGGACGUGACGGACAAAAAGGAUUGAAAGGAGAAAAAGGAUUCGCCGGUCCAAGGGGUACUCCAGGAGAUGCACUUAAUGGUAUUCCUGGAAUGCCUGGACCAACGGGUCCUCAAGGGGAAAAAGGAAACGCUGGUCGACCUGGUAUACCUGGUAGUCCAGGAAUACCUGGAGAAAAAGGUGACAGAGGUGGUCAAUGUAUCGAUUGUAUACCGGGAGCUAAGGGAGACAAAGGAGACCGUGGGUUUGAUGGUAGAGAUGGGCCAAUGGGACCGAGAGGUCCACCAGGACAACCUGGCGUUAUUGGAUUACCAGGUCACGAUGGACUACCAGGAAGAGUCGGACCACCUGGAAAUCCAGGUGUUCCUGGAAAAGAUGGUACUCCUGGAUCACAAGGAAACGAUGGUAUUCCCGCUCAGGUUCCUCUGAAUUUGAUAAAAGCUGAAAAGGGAAAUAAAGGUGCUAGAGGAAAAGACGGUGUUCCAGGACCACCAGGUCCUCCUGGUAGACAAGGACCUAAAGGAGAUAUGGGUCUAACAGGUAGGGCAGGUGAAAAGGGAGACAGAGGUUUCCAAGGUUUCCCUGGUACUGAUGGAAGAAACGGAGAGCCCGGUAUUAAUGGAAUUAAAGGACAAAAAGGUGACAGUAUUAUUGGAGAACAAGGUCCUCCAGGAUUACAAGGCGAAAAAGGAGAAGUGGGAAGACCUGGAAUGUCAGGUCCCAAAGGAAAUCCAGGUACAUGUCCAGAAAAUAUAAUGAUCAGUUUGAAAGGUAAUACCGGACCCAAGGGUAGUAAAGGAGAACGAGGCUUUCCUGGAAGAGAUGGGCCAAUGGGAGAAAAGGGAGAUCAAGGAAAUCCAGGUCCAUCAGGUCCAACAGGUCAUACAGGUCCACCAGGACCAGUAGGAAGGAGAGGAUUACCGGGACCAAGAGGUGAAAAAGGAGAGCAAGGACCGAUGGGUUUCCCUGGAGAGCCUGGAAGAGACGGUGCUGCUGGAUUUCCGGGAUUAGCUGGUGCAAAGGGAGGUAAAGGAGAGGCAGGUAUUCCAGCUAUUGGACCUCCAGGACCACCUGGUCCAAUAGGAGAACCAGGAGAGAAAGGGUUACCUGGAUUCCCAGGAAAACCAGGUCCUCCUGGAAAUGAUGGUUUCCGAGGACUUAUGGGCGAAAAAGGGGACAUUGGCUCACCAGGAUUAAACGGAUUGACGGGACCACCAGGAGAAAAGGGAGAGCCUGGACCACUUGGUCCUCCCGGAUUAGAUGGGCAACCCGGUAGACAGGGACCUAUGGGACCAAAAGGAGAACCUGGAUUGAGGGGAGAAGUGGGGCGACCAGGAUUAGCUGGAUUCCCUGGAUUGAAGGGUGAACCAGGUAUUGCUGGUGAACCAGGUCCUAAAGGAUUCAAAGGUGCUGUAGGACGACCGGGUAUCCCAGGAGCACCAGGUAUGGAUGGGUUGCCGGGACGAGUUGGCGAGAAAGGAGAUCGUGGAGUACCAGGUCCACAAGGUCCACCAGGUCUAAUUGGAAUGCCAGGAGAGAUAGGAUUGCCUGGUGAAAAGGGAGAUAUCGGUCCAUUCGGUCCACCAGGACUACCAGGUCCACAAGGUGCCGAAGGACCCAAAGGAGAUAUGGGCUUCCCUGGUACACCGGGAAGAAAAGGAGAACCGGGAACUGCCGCAGAAAAAGGUCAAAAAGGAGAGCACGGAAUACCAGGUUUACGUGGACCAGAGGGGUUGCCAGGAAUACAAGGUUUUUCUGGUGCUAAAGGUGACGCAGGAGUUCCAGGAAGAAGUAUACCUGGAGAACCCGGAGAAAAGGGAGAUAUGGGUCCACCUGGAUUGGAUGGUCUACCAGGUAUAAUGGGUAUGAGAGGAGAAAAAGGUCAACCUGGCUUCCCCGGAGUUAAGGGAGAUAGAGGAUAUCCAGGAGAUCGAGGAGCACCUGGUUUAGACGGUAUGCCAGGACAACCGGGACAAAAAGGUGACUUAGGAUUUACGGGAGCAGCAGGAUUCCCUGGCGAGAAGGGUGACCAAGGAUUCCCUGGAAUUAAUGGAUAUGAAGGACAAAAGGGAGAGAGAGGACGAACAGGACCACCUGGUUUUACUGGCGCACCGGGUGAGAAAGGAGAUAUGGGAGACAUUGGUCCACCAGGUCCAUUGGUUCAGAUCAAGGGAGAAAAAGGAGAACCAGGACCCUUCGGGCUGGAAGGUAGACAAGGAGAGAAAGGAGACAGAGGAGAGCGCGGAGCUAUGGGAUUGCAAGGGGAAAGAGGUGAUACCGGAUUCCCAGGACCCAAGGGAGAUAUUGGACAACCAGGAUUACCGGGAGCCAAAGGUGAAAGAGGAUAUCCUGGAGUCGCCGGACUACAAGGACUAACUGUAAAAGGAGAAAAGGGACUUCCUGGAAUACCAGGUAAAAGUGGUAGAGAUGGCAUGCAAGGUAUGGUUGGUGAAAAAGGAGAAAGGGGAUUACAAGGCUUACCUGGUCGAACUGGACCUCCUGGGCCACCGGGACCUCUUGGUCCUCAAGGACAAAAAGGUGAAAGAGGUUUCGAUGGUGCUCCAGGACCAGUAGGACCAAUCGGACCGCCAGGUCCUGCAGGAUUAGAAGGUAUAGCUGGUAUCAGAGGAGAAAAAGGAGACCGAGGGGAACCCGGUCAUGUUGGAGCACCAGGACAGAAGGGAGAUCGCGGUUUAACAGGAUUACAAGGUUUUCCUGGUAAACCAGGAGAAAAAGGUGAUAGAGGUUAUGAUGGACUGCCAGGACGAGAGGGACCUAGUGGGUUCCCUGGACCUAAAGGAGAUGACGGAAUACCAGGACAACCUGGAAUACCAGGAAUUAACGGAGAAAAGGGAGAUAAAGGGGAGCCUGCCCCUCGUGGUUUCCCUGGACCAAAAGGAGAGCCAGGCCCACCCGGUAUUUCUGGUUCACCUGGUAUUAGAGGUCCACCUGGUCUUGAUGGGGUAUCGGGAGUACCAGGCGAAAAAGGUGAGAAAGGAGACAGAGGAUUUACCGGUAUUGCGGGAACUCCGGGUAUGCCUGGAGAAAAGGGUGACCAAGGUAUCGAAGGAGCUGUCGGUCUUCAGGGAGCUAUUGGAGACUUUGGACAAAAGGGAGAACCGGGUGCCGCAUGUGUCGAUGUUCCAGAUUAUCUUACUGGUUCACUAUUAGUGCGACACAGUCAAAGCAAGGAAAUACCUCGAUGUGAAAGUGGACAUAUCAAAUUAUGGGAUGGUUACUCACUAUUAUACGUCGAAGGAAACGAAAAGGCGCACACACAAGAUUUAGGUUAUGCCGGUUCUUGUAUCAGGAAAUUCUCUACAAUGCCAUUCGUAUUCUGCGAUGUCAACAACGUGUGCAAUUAUGCAAGCAGAAACGACAAAUCUUAUUGGUUGUCGACAAGCGCAGCUAUACCCAUGAUGCCUGUCGAAGAAUCGGCAAUUGAAGAAUACAUUUCGAGAUGCGUUGUUUGCGAGGCGCCCGCCAACGUUAUCGCUGUUCACAGUCAGUCGUUAGCACUACCAGAUUGUCCGUAUGGAUGGAGCUCCCUUUGGAUCGGUUAUAGUUUUGUGAUGCACACUGCCGCUGGAGCUGAAGGAGGUGGACAAUCUCUAUCGAGUCCGGGAUCUUGUUUGGAAGAUUUUCGAGCUACACCUUUCAUAGAAUGUAACGGCGCUCAGGGUUCUUGCCACUAUUUUGCUAACACUUUCAGUUUCUGGUUAGCUACAAUCGACAACAAUCAACAAUUCCAGAAACCACAGAAACAAACGCUCAAAGCAGGAAACGUGAGAGACAGAAUCAGUAGAUGCCAAGUCUGUAUAAGAAAUACGUAAAUAUCCAAAAAUCGGACUAGGAUAAAUUUAUUCGAGCGGUGACUUCCUUACAAAGGUUUUUCUUAUUUUAAAAUCGUGUAAAUGAGACACCUUAUAUGUGUUCCUAUCAGCUCGGUACUUGAUUCUACCAUUGAAUUCAUCUCAUGUUGAGUAAAGUAAAAGAAGAUAAUAAUUGACUUUGGAUUAUCAAGUACCAAACUGCCAAAUUUUGUAUAGUAAGCUUUAUAACUUUUCUUAAUAAUACUGCCGUGCCAUGUUUUGUGUAACAAGAUAGCAUGUAAAAAAAUUUUGUAUAAAAUAUAGAUUUUAAGUUGUACGUAUAUAUGAAUUUUACAGUAACCGACUAUAAAAUUACCAAAACGAAGUAAUUCAUGUAAAUUAACUAGUUGUCUUUAAAAGAUAUAUGGGGUGCUGAAUCAUUAAAAUAAUUUAUAAUUUCCGGAAUGCAUUUCACUUGAUUUUUUCUCACCGAGUAAAUUUUUUUAUUGCUCUAGUCAACGACGCAGAAUAUUCGAUAGCUGAGUAUAUAAACAUUUUAAUACACUGCCAUUUGUAAAAUAUAUAAAUAUACUUGUUUCUUAUUAAUUUUUCUGCGAUAUGUUUCCGAUUUACAUUCUGAAAUAAAAAAAAAAAACGUUUACACCAGUGUAAUUUACCAAAAUAAUGUAAAUAAAUUUAUAUGAAUAAAGUUUAUUUUCAAAUUAA